AAAAAAAUAUCUUCCUCUCUCUCUCUCUCUACAAUGGCUUCUUCUUCGCUCCUUUUCCUUCUCUCUCUAACCUUCCUAUCCUCUGUGCUCGCGUCCACCGAGAGUAUCCUGGACACAGUCACCGACGAUCCCCUGAUCCGGCAGGUCGUAUCCGACGGCGCCGAUGCCGUCGAUCAGCUCCUCCACGCCGACCACCACUUCUCGCUGUUCAAAACCAAGUACGGGAAGUCGUACGCCACCCAGGAGGAGCACGACUACAGAUUCUCGGUCUUCAAGGCUAACCUGCGCCGAUCUAAGCGCCACCAGAUCCUCGACCCCUCCGCCGUCCACGGCGUCACCAAGUUCUCAGAUUUGACCCCCGAGGAGUUCGAGAAGAGCUACCUGGGCCUCCGCCAGAAGAAACUCAAGCUUCCGGUCGACGAGAACAAGGCGGCGGUUCUGCCGACUGAAGAUCUCCCCACGGACUUCGACUGGAGAGAUCACGGCGCCGUUACCGCCGUUAAAGAUCAGGGUUCUUGCGGGUCGUGUUGGUCGUUCAGCACAACUGGUGCGCUGGAAGGAGCUCACUAUCUGGCAACUGGGGAGCUAGCCAGCCUCAGUGAGCAGCAGCUUGUGGAUUGUGAUCAUGAGUGUGAUCCAGAUGAAGCUAACUCGUGUGACGCGGGGUGCAACGGUGGAUUAAUGAACAACGCCUUUGAGUACACUCUGAAAGCCGGUGGACUUCAGAGAGAGAAAGACUAUCCCUACACUGGAAAAGACGGUGUCUGCAAGUUCGACAAAACCAAAGUCGUCGCAUCAGUAUCAAACUUCAGCGUUGUUUCACUAGACGAUAGCCAAAUUGCAGCAAAUCUGGUUAAGUACGGCCCUCUUGCAGUGGGGAUUAAUGCUGCUUGGAUGCAAACAUAUAUCGGCGGUGUUUCUUGCCCAUAUGUUUGCGGGAAACGGAAUUUGGACCACGGUGUUCUGUUAGUUGGCUAUGGUGCCGCUGGAUAUUCGACCAUUCGCCUUAAGAACAAGCCUUAUUGGAUUGUGAAGAACUCUUGGGGAGAAAGCUGGGGAGAGGAAGGGUAUUACAAGAUUUGCAAGGGUCACAAUGUGUGUGGGGUGGAGUCCAUGGUCUCUAGUGUGAAUGCUAUCCACACGACUUCAGCGUAACUCGUCUAAAUUGAGUUACCGAUUAAAUUGUGUACUAAGUUGCAAUAUGUGUAUUGUGUAUGCGUAGGCUCGUGUAAAUAAGAAACGCCUUCCGAUUGUACUUUUACUACUUUUCAGUGCCCGAUAGCAGCUCCUUGAAGCUCUUUGGGAUUUUAUAAACAUUCCCGAAUUAUGUUAACUUUUAAUUUUGUUGGAUGUGAUUAUGCGCGUAC